AUGUCCAAGCGGUCGCGGGACGCCUCUGAGCCCAACCAGCAGCAGGACUCUGCAGGCUCACAACCUCCGAGCGCCAAACGCCAGGCGACGCGCCGGCCGAAGAGCAGCCAGGCCUGCGCGAGCUGCAGGAAACACAAGACGCGAUGCGAGCUGCUGGACUCGACGAGCUACAUCGCCCGCUGCCAUCGCUGCGAGGUCCUCUCCAUCCCGUGCUCGUUCGAGACCGACGCCCCGCGCUCGAUCGUAUUCAACGACCCCCAGCCGCUGUCCAAGAUCCGCCAAAACACGGCCAAAGUUCUCCUUGCCACCUCCAAGGCGCACCGCCCAGACGUCACGGGGAUCGAGAACGGCAGCUCGGCCAGCGACGACGACGAGUCCCCCUGGGACUUUCUGACCAUACCCGGCCUCACAGACUGGACGGCCACGCCCAUCCUCGGCAUGCGCAUCCUCUCCCGCCAGGCCUGUCCCGACUCGUUUCCAAAAUACUCCGGCACCGCCUCAUGUCUCGCAGACGUCCUAUCAAACGAGCAGAAGCAUUGGCUCCUCACCUUCUUUGAGAAGCACUACGAGCCUUGGCUGUCGCUGCCCGCUCACGCCCUCGUCGACGACGAAAUCCUCGACCUCGUCCGAUGUACGAUUGCCAGUCGGCAUCUCGAACCACUGGCUCGCGCCCAGGUCUUUCCCCCUAUGCGCCACCUCGUCGAGCAGGUCAUCAUGCAGCACGUCUUCAACCCGACGCCCACCAUGGCCGUCGUCCAGGCCUUCGCCAUCCUGAGUCUGUGGUCUCCUUUCGACAAUCUCCCGCCCUCGUCGGCCGGCAGUCACGAUAGUAGGCUCAUCGCCGCUUCUGCCGUGUCCAUGGGGCGUACGCUCGGGUUGCACGAGUCGGAGGAUCGUGCACUGGCCCUACAGCAGCGCCUCGUCAAGGGCGGUCAGCUCACCGUACAAGAAGCAAACGACUAUCCGCAGCUCAUGAACAACUGUAACGUCUGGAUGCUCCUCCGCGUGGUCGAAUCGAAGGCCUGCAUAGGGACUGGUCGCCCGCUGACCGCAGCGCUUGCCGAAGAUAUCGACAUGAAGCGCUUCGGAACGCUCUCGGACACUCUCGAGAACGUCCGCCGCACCCGCAUGCUCGUCAUGAACCGUAUCUUCCAACUCGCCGACAAAGGUCUACGGUUUGAGAUGCCCGACAAUCCCGACGAAUAUGACGCGUUCUAUGAUGACCUGACGGAACUCUCCAUGCGUUUUGAGAUUCUCGAGCGCAUCUUCAUCGGGCUACCCGUCGCUUCGGACUUUGAUACAUUCUGGCUGCAAAUAUUCAAAGUCUUUUUCUACAAUUGCCGCCUCGUCGUCCUCGUGCACAUCAUUCGCCUCUUGCGCACGCACGUACCCAAAGCCACCUGCUCCAACGGCUUCUUGCAAGCCAAGUUUCGCCGCACAGGCGCCAUGCAUGCGAUCAAAUGCGCCCGCGUGUGCCUCAUUGUAUCAGAUGGGACGCUCGCGACACUCCUGUCGGUGCAGGAUAAAGACCUGCUUGCCACGGCCCCAGACGCCUUCUUCAGUAUGGUCGCCUUUGCAGCUGCAUUCCUGGUCAUGUCCAAGGUCAUGAUGCUGAAAUCGCAAAACCAACGGCGCAUCCCCGGGUGUACGGACCAGUUACUCGACCGGUCUAUCGCGGUUCUCAACCACGUCGCAACUGGCCCUGACCACCCUGCCGCGCGAUGUGCGAGAGUGAUGCAAGACUUCCUUGAAGCGUGGAAUAAGCGUCUAGCGCAGUAUGACGCCGACGUCGCGGCGUCUAGUGCGCAAUCGGGUACGGGAGAGCUCCAGCUGCCGCGCGAUGGGAUGGGGACUUCGAGUGGCAGUACGCCCGGCACCGACGCGACGAUGCCGACACCUGUAGAAAUGGCGGGUACCUUUCCAGGGCCGUCAUCAGACGCUCUCGGUGGCGGGAGCAGUUUGAACGACUUCAACUUCGGCUUCGAGAACGCGUUCGGCCUGGGAGGGCACGACGCGAUGCUCGGCGACGCGUUCUGGCAAAGUAUCAACGAACUUCCGCAGGUUCCGCUGCCGAACUACACGUACAAUUUCCCGCCUGGACCAGCACAGCCUUCUGGCCAUCAUCAUCAACCAGGACCGCGAUAG